AUGGGGAAAUUGACUACGCUAACACAAGAUGAGAUGGAUAAUGUGAUUUUUGAUGCAAGAUUUGGAGAUUUGGACUCUCUAAGAACUGUUUUUACGGACGAGGUGGAGCCAAGUAUAUUGCCAAAAAUCCAAGAUGGGGUGAGUAUGGCUACUCCGUUUCAUAUGGCGGCUGCCAACGGACAUUCAGAAGUACUAAAGUAUCUAUUUUCCCUUUUGAACGAAAAGGAAAUCAAUUCAAUCAUCAAUAAGCAAAACGACUCAGGAAAUACAGCUCUUCAUUGGGCUGCCUACAACGGAAGUGUGGAGUCUAUGAGAAUUCUAUGUGAUCACGGUGCUGAUCCAUUCAUUAAAAAUACUUUCAAGCAUGAUUCAUUCUAUGAAGCUCAGAACAAUAAGCACGAUGACGCCGAGAAAUAUCUAUUGGAAACAUUCGAAGACGCUCUACAGGCUGCUGAAGGUGAUGCAAAAUCAGGGGAUGAAAAUGAGAACUUUGAUGAGAGUACGGUAAGCUACACGGAGGGCACUGAGAUUCAGAAGAUCCCUGAAGGUGGAAAUUAUGAGGAGAAAGUUGAUGAAGAUGUGGAAUUUCUCAAGCGAGAAACGGAGAACCUCAAGGUGUAG